AUGGGAAGACAGUGUUCUUCUGGCUUGUCCAUAAACUGCGGACAUGGUCCUGCAGCAGCUGAAAUAGCAAGAAUUGGCCUUAACAGAACGGUGGUUCUAGCUUGCCGCUUCCCCAGACCCACCCCCGCGCCUCCGAACACAGGAACUCCCUGUGCCGAAACUGCGCACAAAUUCCUGCUGAGUUUCGUCCCUGAGACGACCCUCGACUUGCUCAGUGCCACUGGGAAUGGUGUGAAAUGGCAUUGCUGGGAUUCCAGCUGUUCUUGCCUCGGAGAAGUACACCAGGUCGCGGUUCCGAGGCGGCUCGUUGCCCUGCCCGCCUCCCCGCGCCAGCCGCCGCUCUCUGGCCAGCAGGAGGCUGUGGCUCCGCAGACGGGCUCCUUUCCGCAGAGACUCCCGCUGCGGGGCCCGCACCCGCCGGGAACGGAGGGCCCGGCCCGCAGCCAGCCCGGCCGGGAGCCACCUCAGCCCGGCCGGGAGCCGCCUCAGCCCGGCCGGGAGCCGCCUCAGCCCGGCCCCGCCGAGCCCGGCCCCGCCGAGCCGCGGCCCCCGCGCUCCCCCUGCCGGCAGCCCCGGCGCUGCGCCCGCCGAGCCCGCGAGGGGAGCCCGGGGCAGGCGGGGCUGUGCCGCUCUGCGGCCCCACCGGCCAUUAGCCGGGACGGCUGGGCGGACAGCGCUCUCCAGCGUCCCGCUGUUCGUCCGGGAGUCGGCCUCCCGUGGGUUGUGAAAUGGAGCUGA